AAAACACUGACUUCCACAGGACACCCGCAAGUGUCGAUACUAUCUAAAUAAAAAGCAGUAGAGAUCACUCUUAGACUAGGCGAUGGCACUCAGCACCAUUCUUGUCAAGCCGGAGCAACUCGACGAGGCCGCGCUCCGCAAUGCAGCACGUGACGUGCUCUCAGCCACCCUUACUCGAUUCACGUCGCUGCCGGCCGAUGCUCAGCUCACGCAGCUCCUUGAGUUUGUAGAAUCACUCAAGGAGAUGCCGCUUGCGCUCCCAUCCCAGCCUGAAUUCGAUGCAUACGAGCUCCCCACCGAGUUUUUCGAGAUCAUCUUAGGAAAGCGUCUCAAGUUCGGGGCCUUGUACUUCAAGAACUUUGAGCCCAUUGCACUGGACGAGGCCGAGGAUGCUAUGCUCGAGCUUUACUUCGAGCGAGCUCGGAUCCAAGAUGGGCAGACAAUACUAGACAUUGGUGCUGGAUGGGGCGCGGCUUCUUUCUACAUUGCAGAAAGAUGCCCUCGCAGCCACAUCACUGCUGUCUGCUCCAAACUUCAAAAGGAUUACAUUGACAACAAAUGCAGGGAACUUGGCAUUUCCAAUGUCCGAGCUAUAGAGUCCGAUAUCUGUACACUUGAGUUGAAUGAAACUUUUGAUCGGGUUCUUUGCAUUGAACUGCUUGAGUACUUGAAGAACUAUAAGCUACUGUUCGAGAAGAUUUCGUCGUGGAUGACUCCGGAUGGCCUUCUUUUCAUUGAGGCCCUGACUCACAAGUCCUUCGCGAGGCAUUACCAGGAAACUCAAGGUGAUGAGAUGACAGCUUGGAUUGGAAAAUACUUUCUGAAUGGAGGAACACUUCUUGCGGACUCCCUGCUUCUCAACUUUCAGGAUGAUCUAUCCAUUGUUGGUCACUGGCGUAUCGAUGGAAGGCAUCAUGGUCUUUCCAGUGACGCGUACGCAAGACAAAUGUCUGAGAAUGCGGACUUGAUCCGGCCCAUAUUCAACGACGUCUAUGGUAAAGAGCAGGCCAACGUUUGGAUGGGGCGAUGGAAAGCUGUGUUUAUUUUGUUCGCGGAGAUGUAUAAGUUUGACAACGGGCAGCAGUGGCUCCUUUCUCAUUAUCUCUUCAAGAAAAAUUAAAGGUUCCUAUAGAAUAUCUUUUGACUUUAAUUUCCUAAAGUAUAAACUGUCUCCAAAGAUUUAUGUUUUAGUUGAGCUCAGUGCUGUUCUUACUAGCCGUGUUAUCACGUCUAUGAAUGAUCUCAAACAUGUAAUAAUAUGUUAGUAAGACUUUUGGA